UACCUCUUUCAUCGAUCCGCCCACGGAGAGCCAGCUGUAUCCUUGAAUCACCACAGAAUCAUCUCUGAGAACAAUAUUUAGCUUUCUUGGAACGCCUUGGUAUUCUUAGUAUCCGGAAUUGCCGUCGCCGGGUACAUCACCGUAUUUUAAGUAUAUUACACGGCGCACCAUGUGCCGUGAUAUCAACCUGGUGAAGGGAUAGCACAAGCUGUUCCCUUCUGCCGCUGGGCCUCGCUUUUCAUCAGCCCAUCAUCAUGUGAAGCCAUCACUCAAGUAUAUAUACAGACGCGUGUGAUACUUCUAUUUCUCCCUGACAAGCCUCUCUUUCCGUCACCAAGCUCCUGCGUCUGGGUCUAUUUAUCCUCCUCGCCGGCUCGAGCUUUUCUUGACUGACGAUCUAUGUCUCAUACAUCCCCUACUACGUUCUUGGUCUGGCCCCUUUGCUCCUUCAUCCUGUUCUCAUUUUUGCUAUAUCAUCUAUGGUCCUUUGACAGAUUCAAAUGCCUCAGGUGGAAUAAUGGUCCUGACUCUGGAGCAUUCAAGCGUGUCAUGACAUACACCUACCUAAUGAGUGUACCACUGAUACUCAUAUUUGCGACUGGUUUCACGAUCAUCAAAUACCAAGAGGGAUACAUUUUGGAUCCUACUCACGGUGUUAUCCCAAAACCCUUCCAGUUAUGGAGCGAACUGGGUAGAAACUCGAUCUUCCCGCUUAUGCUUAUGUUCUCAAUCGGGUGGUCCUUGGAAAUGGUAACCCAUUUGGAAGAGCUAUGCUUUUGGCUUUUCCUCCUCAACGCGAAAUCGGGACAACAAGACUGGUUCCACAGUCCGUAUUUCAAAACUUGGGCCAUCGGAUCUGUCAUUGCUGUAACAUACAUGCCCCUGGUGACUAUACUCACAAGAAAUGAUGGUCUCAGGAGUGAAGCGUAUACGUUUUUGUCUGGAGGAAUAGGAAGCUUAUCUCUUACCAUUUGGUUUUCGCCGAUUCUAUGGUCUUUCAAGUCCUUUUUGAGCACCCUGAAGCAAGAGGGCGUCGAUAACUCGACUGUUAUUCGUCUCACGAAAUUUCAUGAACUUAAUAUGAUUCGGGUCCUCUUUCGCUACAUGUUCACGGUGCCCCUCGUGAUUCUCGGUGCUGAUGGCCUGACUCCACACACCGAGGUAAAUGAAAACGCCUUUGCCACAGACCUUCUGGCACUUUUAGCAGCUUUCGGAUGCGUUGUGUCGUCCGGUCUGACUCUUGUGAUCUUCUUCCCCCGGUCUAUCGAAGGCGAAAUUGCCACACGCGAAGCUGCAAAGAAGAUCAACCGCCAACAAGGCGAUAGCAACGAAAAUAUCCACCAGAGCCGUUCAAGCUACGCGCAAUCACUGACGUCGCAAAACCACCAGCUCAGCGGGACUUACCUACUUACUACGUCACCCACAAAACCCAACUUCACUAUACCGAACAGAGACUCCACUCUUUCAGUUGAAGAUGCUCAGAAAUCUCCUCAUUCCUUAGAAUCGGCUUCCAAUGCAUGGGACGAAUCGCCGACGUCGUUGCCCAAGCUCGAACCCAUGAGACCUAAUCGGCGAAGAGGAUCCGAAGUCGAGCUUGGCGGUAUUGACUAUGGAUUGACAGAAGCGAAUUUGUCAAAGCACAAUAUCACGACGUCAAGCCUGAAUCCCAUCGUCCAUACUUUCACGUCGCCGAUCGACAUGGUGUCCUCCCCACCAGGGCUAGGAGAUGCGCCAGACCCGAAGCUACCUAUUUUCAAGGACGGAGUCCCGGUUGACGUUCAAUAACCGAAACGGUUAAGACAUUUUGGGACAGUGUGUACAAGUAUGAUAUCUGGACCCACUUGGCCCAUAUCUUUGCGUCCACUCUAGUAUAUGC